AUGCAAAAUAUGCUAGAAAAUGUAUUGUAUAAUCAAAGAAUUUCCAAUAGCACUACUGGAAACGUCUCUGGUAUUGCAGGCGAAUCAACUUCAGAAAACGGGGAAAUUAUUGAACAAAUAUUUCCAAGUGAGUCCGUUGAUAAUUUAAAUAAAUCACAAAGUUCAAUCAUGCCAGAAAACAGUUUAUUACAAAACUUCCGUCAUCUCACAAAUGCUAUACCAGGUCCUGAAAAAUUAGUAGAAAAUCUGACUUUGGAACAGUUUUUGGACUGGCGUAGAAAAAAGGAGGAAAAUGGGAGAAUAAGAAGAGCCCAAUUCAUGUCAAAGAAGCAGGAAGAGGGAGAAUCAUGAUUUCUCAAGACAGGGACAAAAGGAAGCGCCCAAGGGAACUUCGGUCUAAUGGACCUCGUCGCGGGUCUGCACUGGCUCAGGGAAAACUUGCCGGCGUUCGGGGGCGACCCAGAACGAGUCACGUUGAUGGGGCACGGCACCGGAGCAGCCCUGGUUAAUUUUAUAUCCGUAUCACCAGUGGCAAAAGUCACACCUGGAUCAGCCAGCUUAGACUCCAUAGACCUUACCCCCGGCGGCAGUCUCCCAGGCGAGAUGAGAACACCAGGAGAAGAGGAAAAUCCAGGAACCAGCGAGGACCCUCUACAACCACCAGAUAUCAGUGGACAUGGGGAAAACCAGGGACCUCAAGAACGGCCAAAGAUUAGCCCAUUGAAAUUGAAAAGAAAGGACGAAAUGUGGCAGCGGGCUGAUGAGAGGACGGACAAACUACUUCACAGAGCAAUUUUGCUGAGUGGUUCAGGAUUGAGUCCUUGGGCCCUUCAGAGAGAUCCUCUUUGGGUAAAGAGAACAGUUGCCAAACAUACAGGUUGCCACGGGGAUCUGCACGAGGACGAUCUGGCGCCUUGCUUAAGACUGAAGCCCCUAGAUUUUUUACUUAAUAUCAAAGUGGAUACUCCAAGAUUUUUACCAGGUUUUGCACCAUUCAUCGAUGGUACGAUCCUAGUGAACCCCACCACACCGCCACCAGCGACAAGUAGCUCAACAAUAGCCACGUCAGCGGGCUACGAACUGGCAGAUUUCCCCGAACGCGAUCUGUUGUUCGCCCUUACAAACACCGAGUCCUAUUUGGACCUCAACGCUCAAGACUUAGAGUUCGGUUUUAACGAAACGAAACGGGACAGAAUUUUACGGACGUACGUUCGCAAUUCGUACUAUUUUCAUUUGAACGAGAUUUUUUCGACUUUAAAAAACGAAUACACGGAUUGGGAACGACCUAGUCAAAAUCCGUUGAGUGUGCGCGACGCGACUUUGGAUGUGCUUAGUGACGGGCAUACGGUGGCGCCGCUCAUUAGGAUAGGAUAUUUGCAUUCUUUGAGUGGUGGAAAAACGUUUUUUCUACACUUCCAACAUCACUCGGGGGACAGGGAUUUACCAAUGAGAUCCGGCAGCGUGAGAGGAGAAGACUUGCCUUAUAUCCUAGGACUACCUCUGAUUGGUGGGGGGCCAUUUUUUCCACACAACUAUAGCCAUAGUGACAUAGCAGUAUCAAAGAACCUUAUACAGUAUAUCAGUAAUUUUAUUAACACUGGAGAUCCGAAUGGUGGAGCAGUACCAAACGCCCCUCCGACGGAGAGCAAAAAUCCACCGGAAAGCGAAAAUGAAAUACCGAAAUUGCCUUAUUGGGACACCUACGAUACGAUUAAUCAAUUUUAUCUGGAAAUGGGCAGUCAUCCAGAUAGACGAGACCAUUACAGGGGACACAAAAUGUCACUCUGGCUGAAUCUAAUACCGCAACUUCACAGACCCGGCGAAGGGGAUGACGUCUCGAUGCGCCAUCAUCAUUUCCAGGAGGAGGACGAUCAGUAUUAUGACGGUUCAGUACGACCACAACUCAAAGAACGUCCAUUCUACGUUCACUACGCCAACCCACCACCUAUGACAGCAACAAAACCUACCUCAACAACAACCACAAUGCCCACUCCGCCACCACCAAAAUCGGAUACAGCUCUACAGGCAACCACCACAGAGUGUCCUCCAAAUACUACCAUAAUAUUGCAAACGAAAAAUCCAAAUAAUUUAUUGAGAAAACUCGCCUCGAGUCACUACCAAUCCUACACAACUGCGCUGACGGUUACAAUUGCAGUGGGCUGUUUUCUGUUGCUGCUCAACGUUUUAAUAUUUGCUGGAAUUUAUCAUCAACGAGAUAGAGGAAAGAGUAAACAAAAACAAAAGGAGGCAUUGGCAGAACAAGGUAUGUGUGGUAGUUCUUCAGGAGAUUCAUUCGACAAAACCUACGAAACCAGACAAUACAACUGUACGAAAAGUCCUUAUCACGCCAUGUCAAGGCAAAACAGCUUCAAGCAAAGAGAAACUGUGCCGAACUUUGUCGGCGACUAUCAUUCUGCGGACAAAAUUUCGUUGGCCGAGGUCCAGAUCACCGAGCUUCCGCUGCAGGAGUUCAAUUCGUCGCCGCCUCCUGCUAAACGGCCGGAAGAUGUUUGUGAAAUAAUUGUUACAUCUCUGCCAAAGGAUCAAUUCAGUUUUGGCUGCAGAUCUGGGUGCGACUCUGUUUUAUAG